AGCGGCUCAGAAGCGAAAUGUGACGACCCCAAGCUUUGGAGACGUGGGGUUGCACCGAAAGCGGCGUCUGCAUGGCUGGCACAUGGCACUAAGGUAGCUCUUAACUAGCAGCUGAGACUCCAACCCCUCCGCCGUUCUCUGUGCCCGAGAGCCUCUGUUUGACCCUUCAUCAUCUACAACAUACCUCGAAUCAAUUAGUUAUUUUGAGGAUAUUUCGACUGAAAAGAUGGCUGUCGUUCUGCUCGUCGCCGUCGCCGUCGUCUUCGGAUUGUUGGUGAAGGAAUUUUACUCUUGGUAUCGGCUGUCUCAUGUCCCUGGGCCGUUCUGGCAUGGAAUCACUGGGUUCUCGAUGGCGCGAGCUGCGCUGACUGGAUCCGUUCAUGAAUACUACAUGGAACUGCAUGAGACAUACGGACCCUUGGUUCGUAUCGGGUCCAAUACUGUCAUGUUCAGCGAUGGUGACACGCUCAAAAAGAUCUCCGGCACUCGCAGUAAGUACAUAAAGGGCGAGUGGUAUGCGGUCGGACGAACGACUCCAGGUGAGGAUCAUUUAUUCUCGAUGCGCGACGAGGAGAAGCGCAAGUAUUUGAAGAGCAAAAUGGGACCUGGUUAUUCGGGCUUGGAGAACGGAGGAUUCGAAGCCGGUAUAGAUAAGAAUGUUGCUGCGUUCGUUGACCUCAUCGAUCGCAAGUACAUCUCGACCGCAAAGAACUUUAGACCCAUGGACAUGGCCAGCAAGUCGACCUAUUUUGCGUUGGAUGUCAUCAGCGAGCUCGGCUUUGGCACCCCGUACGGCUUCCUCAAAGAAGACCGAGACCUGUAUCAAUAUGUUGCCACGAAAGACGCCUUCUUUCCGGUCAUGAUUACGAUGGGAAACGUACCGUGGUUGGCAACGCUUAUGCACAGUUGGCCUCUGAAUCUAGGAUUGCCAAAGUCAGGGGACUCUGCUGGGUUUGGGGCGCUUAUGGGGUUUGCUAAAACCUUUGUUGAUGGACGGCUGGCUCCGGAUACGAAGCCCGGUCGAGACAUGAUCCAGUCAUUUAUCAAUGCUGGUCUAACGAGGGAAGAGCUGACACAGGAAGUCUACGUUGAAACUAUUGCUGGUUCUGACACCACGGCAACGGCAAUUCGCAUGACACUUCUGUCACUGCUAUCAAAUCCGCAAGCCUUCACGGCCCUCCAAGCUGAGAUUGAUGCCGCCGUAUCCAAGAAGAUGAUCAGUUCUCCGAUCAAAGAUUCCGAGGCUAGGUUUAUGCCGUAUCUUCAAGCCGUGAUACGCGAGGGCCUCCGUCUAUACCCACCAUCGACCGGCAUCGUCAGCAAACAAGUCCCGUCAGAAGGGGAUGUCAUUCACGGAUAUAGGCUGCCUCCUGGGACGCAGCUGGGAGAGAAUGUGUGCAGCAUCGGCCGAUCGAAGGACAUCUUCGGACCAGAUGCACAUCUAUUCAGACCAGAGAGGUGGAUAGAGGCAGCAAUGUCUGAUGACGAAGGAAGGUACAAGGCGAUGAUUUCAACUACCGACAUGGUUUUUGGGUAUGGCAAGUUCUACGGCAUGGGCAGGAACAUUGCGUUGAUGGAGUUAAACAAGACCUUUGUUGAACUUCUCCGUAGGUAUGAUUUUGCCAUUGCAAAGCCUGAAAAGCCAAUGAGAUUGUGGAGUGCAGGGUUUUGGAUAACGCAUGACUUCUGGUUGAAGAUCACGCAGAGAGGCAGGUGAUAGUCAAGUAGGCUUAGGUGUUGGGAUAUCGAUCUUUCAGUAUCAGUGUUUAAUCUUAUACCUUAACUACUGAUGGUUUCACAUAGUUAUGUAUACCAAAAGUAUCGGGGAUGCUAUCACACCACUCAUGAAGAAUGGAAUUGACUUGAACUUUCU